AAAUUUUAUUUUCUUUCUCGAAGAAUGUCAAGACCAUUUAGUGAAAAUAGGAUGUCCAGAACCAUUCAUGAUCCUUCAAAGUACUGGGAGACAAAGAUGGCAAAGAGUUCUAACUAUUUUAAGCAGACUCGUGUCCAGACAUGUUCUCAUGUGCUGUAUAAAAAUGGAAAAGCUAUAGCUGUAGCUUUUCCUUUGGAGAAGAAGGGGCUCAAAAAUACUAACAGAUUAACAGAAACGAAGUCUAUUGCACAGUCUACUUAUGGUAGAAGAGGGAAUUUGCACGCUGGGAUGCCUGUGAAGCCACUUGAGCCUUACCACCCAAAUGCUCAUAGGUCUAGGCUGCCAACUCCUACAGUUGUGAUGCCUUAUAGGAAUGCUUCUUCAAUAGUUAUUGGAGAUAGAAGUUCUGAUUAUAAAAGACAGUUUACAUCUCACAAUAGAGUUACUUAUCCAAGACAUAGACUAGACGAUGCCACUACUAACGGAGGUAUCCUGGCUACAAAGACAAAAUGGUUCCAUAGAAGAAAAGAGGACUAAUGGAAAGUUGGCAGUUG